UGGUUUUAAUGUGAAGCUUAAGUUUGGAUAUGAUGUGGAACUUUAAUAAGGCUCUCAAAGUGCAUAAUGGGUACACGUGAUAUAUAUGUCUGAAUUAUGGGUCAGUGCUGGAAUAUGUUUGGUUGUAUUUGUUUGUGCAGGACGAGCAGGACAACAUCUGGCUUCACUGGAGUUAAACGUGUUUGAGCCGGAGGGUAACUUGGCAGACUCGGGGAUGACUCGUGAGUUUGAUUGAGACGGGCUGACUUCCACCGCGAGAGGCUGACACGGCGCACCAUGGUCCUGCUGCAGCGCGGCGGCGUGAAGAGAAUCCUCCAACACUUUUAUUCCGGGAAUCAUGGAAACACCAAAAGUCUGCUGCCUGCUGCAGACGGAGCUGCGGGCCGCAGGAGAAACUCAACAGCUGUCCCAGACGUAAGGGAGCGGACUCUUAUUGCUGUAAAGCCAGAUGGAGUUCAGCGUCGUCUUGUCGGACAGAUCAUGCAGCGGUUUGAGCAGCGCGGCUUUAAGCUGGUUGGACUGAAAAUGUUGCAGGUGUCUGAUGAUCUUCUGUCUCAGCACUACUGUGAACUGAGGACUAAACCCUUCUACCCCAGCCUGCUGCAUUACAUGACCUCAGGCCCUGUUGUUGCCAUGGUGUGGGAAGGGCACAAGGUAGUCCAGACGUCACGGACAAUGGUGGGCCAUACGAACCCAGCGGAGGCCCUGGCAGGCACAGUCAGAGGAGAUUUCAGCUUUCACGUCAGCAGGAAUGUGGUUCAUGCCAGUGAUUCACCGGAAGGGGCACAGAGGGAGAUCCAGCUGUGGUUUCAGAGAAAGGAGCUCCUGAACUGGGACUGCUGUGACCAGACCAUCACCUGUGAGCUGUGAAGAUGCAAAGAUCCUCAAAGGUCUGUCUCUUGUGACAGUCAUUCAAAAAGUCAUUUUCAGUGUUCAAAUAAUUUACCUCAAAGUGCAUGGAGAGUCACAAAGAUGGAUGUUUAAACAAAUGUGGCCGAGUGUUAUUUGUUUUCAUAAAUCAAGCUAUAUUAGCAAGGACACACAUAAAUGCAUCGCUGUGACCUGCUUCAUUGAACAGUGAAGGAGGAGAUUGGCCUUUGGUGUCAUGGGGAGUUGUGUGUAGUAAUCGGACAGAUGCAUUUUAUUAAUAUAUGCAAAACAUUGAGGUGGAGCCAUAGUGGGUUAACUUAAUUAAAUGUGAAUGACAGAUGCAUGAAUUGUGACCUAAUAUACAGCUGACAUAUAUGCACAUGACUCAAAGCAGGGCUAACAUUAAUGUUAAAUAUGAUUUUAGUACUAUCAAGCAAUAAAGACGAGCUGAUUUGACAAGUUUUCAUUGGUUCAUGACGUUCACCCUCCAGCUGCUCUGUCUGAUGGCCGUGCACAACUCCACGAGGCAAUAUUGCAAAAAUUAUAUAGAAAUUAUGUCUGAGUUGUUUUUGGAAAUAAUAAGGACACUAAAAACAUUUUCGCAAAGUGUUGAACUAUGUAUGUAAUUAUUCUACGUGACUGAAAUUGUGUGAAUUGUAUGUAAACAAGUAUAUUUCUGUGAUUGAAAUUGUAAAGUAAUCCUCCUACCUCUGUUAAAAAGAAUAAAUUAAUUAAAUAAG